CCAUUUCUCACUGCCUCCUUCAACUCUUAAAACCCUUCUGACUGCCUUGGAGCACACAACCGACAAAGCCAACCAUUGUGUGAGAGAGACAGCGCCAAAAAGGUAACAACAAAGGAGACCAUGGCAAAGAAGGUGGCAGUGAUUGGAGCUGGUGUCAGUGGACUGAUCUCUCUGAAGUGCUGUGUGGAUGAGGGACUCGAGCCCACCUGCUUUGAGAGGACCGAAGAUAUUGGAGGACUGUGGAGGUUCAAAGAAAAUGUAGAAGAUGGCCGAGCGAGUAUCUACCAAUCUGUCAUCACCAACACCAGCAAAGAAAUGUCCUGUUUCAGUGACUUUCCAAUGCCUGAAGAUUUCCCAAACUUCCUGCACAAUUCUAAGCUUCUGGAGUAUUUCAGAAUCUUUGCCAAAAAGUUUGAUCUUCUAAAAUAUAUUCAGUUCCAGACAACCGUCCUCAGUGUGAAAAAAUGCCCGGAUUUCUCAUCCUCUGGCCAAUGGGAGGUUGUCACCGAGAGCCAAGGCAAGGAGCAAAGUGCCAUCUUCGAUGCGAUUAUGGUUUGCAGUGGCCAUCACAUCCUUUCUCACAUCCCACUUGAGUCAUUUCCAGGUAUAGAGAGGUUCAAAGGCCAGUAUUUUCACAGCCGCCAAUACAAGAACCCAGAGGGAUUUGAGGGGAAGCGCAUCCUGGUGAUUGGAAUAGGAAACUCAGCCUCAGAUAUUGCCGUGGAGCUGAGCAAGAAGGCUUCUCAGGUGUUUCUCAGCACCAGGCAAGGUUCCUGGGUCCUCAGCCGUAUCUCUGACAAUGGCUAUCCCUGGGACAUGGUGGUCCACACCCGGUUUCGCGCCAUGCUCCAAAAUGUCCUGCCACGAGCAGUUCAAAAAUGGAUGUUGGAACGACAGAUGAAUCAGUGGUUCAACCAUGAAAAUUAUGGCCUUGAGCCUCAAAACAAAUACCUUAUGAAAGAAUCUGUAUUAAAUGAUGACCUUCCAAGUCGUAUACUCUAUGGAGCCAUCAAGGUGAAAUCAAGAGUGACAGAGCUCACAGAAACUUCUGCCACCUUUGAGGAUGGGACCGUGGAAGAGGACAUUGAUGUCAUUGUCUUUGCAACAGGAUAUACAUUCUCUUUUCCCUUCCUAGAAGACUCACUUGUGAAAGUAGAUGAUAAUAUGGUCUCGCUAUAUAAAUACAUGUUUCCUCCUCACCUGGAGAAGGCAACCCUUGCCUGCAUUGGUCUCAUCCAGCCCCUAGGUUCCAUUUUCCCAACUGUCGAACUUCAAGCUCGUUGGGUGACGAGAGUUUUCAAAGGCUUGUGUACCUUGCCCUCAGAGAGGGCUAUGAUGGAAGACAUUAUCAAGAGGCACAAAAACAGAACUGACCUGUUUGGAGAGAGCCAGAGCCAGAUUCUGCAGACCAAGUACAUCGAUUAUUUGGAUGAGCUCGCCGCAGAGAUAGGUGCGAAGCCAGACCUCCUCUCUCUCCUGUUCAAAGAUCCUAAACUGGCUGUGAAACUCUAUUUUGGACCCUGCAACUCCUAUCAGUAUCGCUUGGUGGGGCCUGGACGAUGGGAAGGAGCCAAGAGUGCCAUCCUCUCCCAGAAACAGAGGCUGCUGAAGCCUCUAAAGACGCGCGCUCUAGAGCCGGCUUUUAACUUCCCAGUUUCCCUCCUGUUGAAAAUCCUGGGGCUUCUUGCUAUUGCUUUGGCCUUUUUUUUCUAACUACAGGCUACUAAUCCACCAGCUUUUGGCUUUAUAUCAGUCAGUACCACUUAAAGGAAAAAAAAAAGACAGAAAGAAAAAAUAUAUAUCCUAAAGUUUAGAGUUGAGAGGGAAAGAGUAAGAGAGGUAACUGUGGAGAAUUAGCAGGAUUAGGUCUAUGUAUGAAACCAAAAUAGUGUCAUGAAAUGUCUUUGCCAUUUCACUCUUCCCUCAAGUUAUCUAGACUCUCCAAAAAGGACAAUCAAAUAACGUGGGCUAAAUAGUGUCGCCAGCCCUGAUAUAGGCGAGCUGUGCAGAAAACAGCAGAAUUACACAGAAUGAAGAGUGGACCCCACUGUUUAAAUCACUGGAAUAUUUAAGUUACAGGUACAUAUUUAAACACCUGUUUAAACAGUCUUCCUAUCCGGAUUCUAUUUGGUGACAAAGUUCUCAGACAUUAGGUCACAUUCCAUUUGCUUGGUGGGGAAUCAUUAAAAAAUAAAAAAUGAAAAUAGACUUUAAAGCCAUGGCAAUACUCAGACUCUAAGAGUC